GCAAGCGCGGCCGCAGCCCACCCACCCCACGGGCCUCCUCCCACUCAGCUAGGGGCUGCCCAGGUCAGCCCCCUCCACUCACCUGCGGCCACCAGCCCCCUCCUCCCCGGACGGCCUUCACCGGCCAGGGCCACACCCUGCAGGCUGUCCAGGUCUGUGUCUCAGGAACGGGAUGGGCCAGGCGCGCCCCCACUGCGGAGGGCCGGCCAGCGUCUGGACGGAGGGGCUGCCCCCAGCCCUCCCCCAGACACCUCCCCGAGCGCUCGCCCCACAGCGCCCAGUGCUCUCGUGGGAGGGGCAGAGUGGCCUCCCUCGGGCCCAGGUGCCGGGCCGCACUGCUGCCCACACAGGGCAGGCGGCCGGGGAGGCCCACAGGUGCCCAGCAGCCCAGGCCUGGGCUGCUCAUUUCCUGCCGGGUGUCAGGCUGCCCAGGGUGGCGGGCAGGGGCGGUUGACCAAGGCCCACUCCCUGACCUUAGUCCCUGCCACAUCCAGGCCGGGGAAGGGGCCCCGGGCAGCGUGCUCCCCGCCCGGGGCGGCCGCUUCUGCCGUGCCCGCACCGCCUGGCAGCCUGCCCGCCCCACCGCAGGCUCCCCAGUGGGAGCGUGACCCUGAGGCGCAGCCAGGCCGACCCGCAUCUCUGCCCACAGAGCUGGCGCUAGGUGUCCGCAGGCCGGGCGGCAGGCCACCGGCAGUCACCCCUGCAGCGGGCGGUGCGGGCCCCCUGACUCUGGGGCUCCGGCCGGCGCCCAGCCCACGCCCGGCACCUGGCGCCCUGCCAGGCAGCUUUGGUUCCCCGGGUGCCUCCUCUGCCGCCGGAGGAAGCCAGAGCCCAGACCCGCGGGCACAGGCCACAGGCCCCGCGCACUGCCGCCCGCCGUGGGGCUGGGCGAGCCCCGGCCAGGCUGCCCCUUCCCCGCAGGCGCCCGAGGACUCAGGGCCCUCGCCCGCCCUAGGCUCUGAGGCAGAGGCGGUCAGCGGCCAGCCUGCUAGGGCCCCACGGCCAGCGCGAGCCCAGGGCCCGGCCCGCAGCCCGACCUGGACACGGCUGGCCAGUGAGAGCAGCAGCCCACCCUCCUUGGGCCCCUGCGGCUGUCAGGCAGGUGCGGCCGGCACUGGGGCCGCCCAAGAGAGGGCCCAGACUCGGACCGGGCCCUGA